CAUUCGUUUGUAUUCGUAGCUUUGCAUCGAUCCCUUUUCUUUCUCUGAAAUUGUUUCGCUUAAUAUAUAUAUAUAUAUAUAUAUAUCUCACGGUUUUUCCUAAAGAAGCUUAAAUAAUACAAAGAUGGCCUCAAGUUCUAUGAGCUCCUCUUGGACGUCUAAGCAAAAUAAGAUGUUCGAAAGGGCUUUAGCCGUUUACGACAACGACACUCCAGACCGUUGGCAAAACCUGGCCAAAGCCGUCGGGAAUAAAUCGGCAGAGGAAGUCAAACGUCACUACGAUAUUCUCGUUGAAGAUCUCGUGAACAUCGAGCAAGACUUAGUCCCUUUGCCUAAAUACAAGACCGUCGAUGUUGGAAAUAAAUCAAGAGGCAUCAACGAUUACGAUUUGAGGUUAAUGAAGAAUAUGAGGAUCCAGUGAAGUCUGUUACAUUGAAGCAAUAGUGCUAUAAAAGAUUCAGAGCGAUAUAUUUCCUUAUCACACACUGAUGAUCAUUGAUCAGAACUUA